AUGGUCACAGGUGCUGCGCCUGCGACCUCAGUCCUAACAUCUUCAACGUCGGAAGCACCCACAACUCAAGUGCCAACCACUACCGAGUCUUCGACAUCAUCUUCAACCUCUUCAACGUCAUCGUCAUCGUCAUCGUCGACCACAACAGCCCCGGUAGAACCUACAACGACGAGCACUUCAUCACACACAACAUCAACAUCGACAACGACAACGUCGUCGUCAUCGUCAACGACAACAGAUCCUGUUCCUACCAGCAGUUCCGCGUCAGAAACCAGCCGCACGGUCGAUGUCGUCACAACUGUUGUAACACAAACACCUACCAAUGGCUCUACGGGAGUAGAAACCCUCACUAUAACCUCGACAGACACGUCGAUCCCAACAGCCACUGCGGGGACGGCGGCGGACGGGGCUUCUAUCACUGGAAGCGGCUCGUCAGCUACUGGGACUUCAAAGAGUACCAACAGCGGCAGCUCUUCCGGACUUUCAGCAGCUGGCACGAUAGCAGUCGCAGUAAUUGUGCCUGUCGCAUCUGUGGCUCUUAUCGUCUUGGCUGCCCUCUAUUUCUGGAGGAAAUGGAAAGCGAAAAAGGCGGCGGAGGAGGAAAGACGAAAAGAGGUAGAGGAAUAUGGCUUUAACCCGAAUAAUGAUCCAUCUCUUCCACCUAUCAUGGGCGGAAGUGCGUUUGCGCCCAAGGAUGAUACUUCUGGGUAUCGCGGCUGGGGUACCACAUCGGCAGGCCGGAAAGCAUCGACCAACCUCUCGAGCAGCGCUGGGGUCGGGCUAGCCAUGUCUGAGGCUGGAAGCGCGCCUGGAUAUCACCAUGCCACUACUCCAAGUGACGGAACUAUUCAGUACUCCGAGGGCCAGGGUACUUUAGGGGAGACUGAACCGAUCGGUGUCCUUGGUGCUGCUCCAGCAGCCGCGACAAACACCCGGAAUGUCGAUAUCCAUCGUGGUCCAUCAAACGCCUCAUCUGCAUACUCUGCAGCCAACCGAUCGGAGGCCUCGGACGAAAGCCAUAUGUCUGCUACACAUCCUGCCGGUGGCUUCUACGAUGAUAAUCCAUAUUAUAGCGAUAUUCAACCGCAGUAUGGGGCUUAUGGUGACGGUCCGUAUGGCGGUGCCCCUCCCGUCAUUCGAGAUGUUCAAGCACGGCGUAACACCCGCAUUGAAAACCCUGCUGUGUUUCCCCGGCAAGGAAAUGCCGGUAUUGCCCAAAAUUUCUAG